AGAAUUGAUUUUGCAAGGCAAAUAGACCAAGAGGAACAUAAAAUGCAAAAGAUGAACUAUGAUAAUGAUUGGAUUAAAAAGGCUGCUCAAGAAUUUGAAGUCGAUUUAGAUGAUAAUGAUAAUGAUCCAAAUGUAGGAAAUCAAAGACAAACUAAGGAAAGAAUUCGAUCAUUGAAGUUCGAAUUAAAUUCAUUAUUAUCUCAACCAUUAGUCCCGCGAGGAAUUUCUACAAAAUAUCUCACAAGCGGGAUCGUACGUGAUUUGGCAGAUAGAUUGUUGGAUGAAUCUUCGCAUAAUUCGGUGAUAUUAGGUGUCAAAAAUACAAAAGCAACUGAUGAUUUACAAUCGAAGAAAUCAAAGAAAAAAAGUUGCUGA